AUGAAUGCUACCGUACCCAGAAAUCGUGGUGAAGAAGUUGCAGACAAAAGUGUGGUCAGUGUAUGCGUAUCAUACCGAUCGCCUGGUGUUCUGACUCGAAGUCGUACAAGCUUGGCCUUAAUACAACCAGGUGACCCAUCAGUGAACCAUGAUAACGCUCCGGCAGAUGACGCGCCCAAGCGAUCCUUGGAUGCACCAGAACCUGUUGGUGCCAUUCCGAAGCGUAAAAAGGUUGUGCGAACAGUGAAGCAGACCGGUGUUACCAAAACGGCUGAUGGUGGUUCUCGACCUUGUAUGACGGAAACUUUAAAAAAAGGUAAGGGCGUACUGAAUUCGGACGAUAAGAAAUUUAUAGCUGAUCAUGAUAUUGUUGAUGGUGUUGAUAUCGAAAUUGGUACUGAUGAGGACGGCAUGUUCCCGAGCGUGAAUACGCGGUCUUCUGCAGCGAUGUUUGUGAAGGCUGUUUCUGGGCUGACGGACGCAAAAAAACGUGUGGUUUGUGAGAUGUGCCUGGGCAGUUUGUUGGAUUUGCGCGUAACCAUAGCACCGUCCAAGAUGGGAUUCUGGUUGGUGAGCAACUUCAAUCACAUGGAUAGAAAGCUUCAGUUGUACGAUGGUGAAAAGGUGCACAUUAAGGAAGACGAUGUUUUUGCUGUAUUUGGACUGCCCCGCGGAGCAAUUGAACUUACAAAUAAAAAGAAGAGAGCUACAUCCACGUUGUUGGAUGAUUGGAUUCGACUGUUUGAUGUGAGAGCGACGUCAAACAUCACGACAUCGAAGGUGUUAGAUAAAAUGAAUGAGUGUGAUGAAGGCGAUGUCUGGUUCAAGAUACACUUCAUCGUACUUAUGGUGACCUGCUUAUUCGAGAGCUGCCUAAAUGGCAUGGCAAACUUUCGUCUAGUACAUUCACUUGGAGAUUUAUCAAAGGUCGACAAUAUGAAUUGGUGCUCGUACAUGAUCCGUUGCUUGGUGGACACGGAGAGAUCGUGGGAUUCCAAUAGAAAUCGGAAGAAUUUCUCAGGGCCUUUACUUUUUUUGACGUUGUUCUAUGUAGACAAAGUGGUCCUAUCCGUGCGGUCGGUUCCAAGAAUGUUCCCGAUUUUUAAAUCAUGGAGCAACGAGACGUUACGAGCCAGGGAACGAGACGAGAUUUCUUCUGGAGCUUUCGGUAGGGGCUUCGUUGAUGUAGACCUGUGCCUGAUCGCUGAUAGCCGACACUUGGAUAAAGUUGGUCCCAAAGCCAGUGGCGAUGGUGCUGGAGGUGCUGAAUGUCAAGACGUACAGACUUAUGUUCAAGAGUUUGCAUCUGAAACCCUACUGCUUGCAACAACCGGUGCGGAUAUACUAAAACUAGUUGAAAAGGCGCCGCGAGUUUUACUCGGAGAUGAUAAUUUCUUGAAAAUGCGAGACACAUCCCAGAAACUUCUCGGUUUGUAUAGUGAAGUACCUCAAGGUCACACCGCCCGUCACGGCACGAGUCAACAACGUUGCACCCAAUCGAAAAAUAACGAUAGAGCAGACGAUAACAACGGGGGUGACCCAUAUCAGACGGCUGAUGAUGCAUUUUGGAAUGCACCCGAGACAUUAGUUGCAAUUGAUGAAAUCAUAAGGGCUGACAAACAACGGGACAAAGAACGGGCCCGCUUUAAGAGGAUGCAAGAAGAGGGUCCAGUUAUAGUUUGGGAUUGUCAUCAGAUGACGAUGCUGCUAGUGGCACCUGCCAGCCUAUGA